CCCGACGAGCCCUUCUGAAACCUCCAAAACCGAAUUCUCGUCCCGUUCAAAUUCAAUUCUUGUUUCUGCAUCCUCACCCACGUAAGUAAAUUCAUCUUUUACGCACUGAAUAGGUGCAGCUCUCUAGGGUUUUGUUAUGCGUUCACUGUGAGCCUAUCUGUUCUUUUUCCCAAAAUUUUCCCUCUUUUCUCGUUGCAGUUUAGCUCAAUCUCAUGAGUUGACCUAUAAAGUGGUGUUCUUUAACCGUGUUGUCUGUUUUUGGGAAUUACUUUGUUUGGAUUGAGCCAUAGUGUAGUCUGGUCUUUGUAAAACAGAGUUGUGAGCAGGGGCGAACGCAGAAUUUGUGAUGGGCCCAGAGGCCUUAAACCACAUGUAUAUUUGUACUGAUAAAAAGAAAUAUAUUUCACAAGUGUAUAUUGCUACUUGUGAUGAUGAAAAUAGAGAGAAUGUAUGGUUGGAGAUAUGGGUACGGUUUUUGAAUUUGAGAUAAAGAAAAGUGCACGCUCAUCGUCGUCAUCGCCACCACCAGAUUGGGCCUCUUUGCCGGAGGAACUGUUGGAGUUGAUCCUCCACCAUAUAUACCAACUCUCUGAGUACCUCCGCUUCACUGCUGUCUGCAAGCCAUGUCUUUUGGCCGCCAACCAUCAAAGAGAUCAUCGACAGAGAGAGAUUCACAAACAGGUGGUCCCAAUGUUGUUGAUACACUCACCCGACCAGAAGACGGAAGCAAAGGAAGCAGGGGACUAUCGCCGGAGAUUGUACAGCGUUACUGAGAACAAGAUUCUCAGUAGUUUGGAGCUGCGAGUUCCUUAUCGUCGGCGGUGUUGCGGUUCUUCACACGGAUGGCUGGCCACUGUGAAUGAGGAGGACUUGGGCAUUACACUGCUCAACCCCUUCUCUGGCAGGACCCUGAGUUUACCUAAGGUGAACCGUGAACCAUACAAUAUCAAUCCCGCCAUGAGACAUACUUUAAAAUAUGAGUAUGACCUUAAAAAGGUUGUUUUGUCGUGGGGAUCCCUCUUCGGAUGAAUUUGUGGUGGUUGCAAUUUAUAGUAUGUGCAAUGCUUUGGCCUACAUCAAACCAGGCCGCGGCAAACAUUGGACUUACAUAAAAGGGGUACUCUAUUCAGAUGCCAUAUACCAUCAGGGAAGGUUUUAUGUCCUGGACAACUAUUCUGGUGUACUAUAUCUUGAUGUUAGAGAUUAUAGCAAACCUAAAGGAAAAUUGGUGGUAAAUCGUACUGCCCGGAAGCAUAUCCUUUUAAGGCUUACAUUGUGGUGUUGUCAACUGGGAAAGACUUGCUCCUUGUUGAGAGGUUUCUUAAAAAGAAGGGUCGUCCGGCACGAUGGGUGACUUCAAGUUUUAAAAAAUAUUUAAGUUGGGAUUUUUAGGCGGCAGGGGCGGCGGUGGCGGCAGCAGCAGUGGUGGGAAUCAACAAUUUGCAAAGGAGUGGGUUGAGAUCAAUAGUCUAGGUGAUGAUGCCUUGUUCUUAGGUGAUAAUUAUUCUCUAUCCGUGACUGCUUCAAAUUUUCCUGGGUGCCAAGCAAAUUGCGUAUACUACACUGAUGAUGUUUAUAUCGACACCUCUGCGCCUUGGUAUCCUUAAAGACCUCGAGACACGGGUAUCUACUCCUUCAUGAAUGGAAGCUUGGCCCCACAUUAUGAAUUCAAAAAGAAACAAAAGAAGGUGCCUAUGCUGCCUCCAAUCUGGAUAGUGCCAACAUUGCUGUGUCACUCUAACCUUUUAGGUUUAUGUUUUUAGGGGCCACACAAAUGAGAAGAAUUUUGUGGGUCUUACAGUAAACAGCGGAUAUGUUGAUUGUAGCAGUGAAACUAACCAAGUGUUUGUUUGUCAAAAGGCUAUCACAAGGGGGCGUGGAUUUGGUUCAACUGAUUUAGAGGAGACCUUCGAAGAUGCUUCGUCUUCCUUUAUGCUCGAAGAUUGAGAGACCUGCACUUUUGGUUUCUAACAGUCGGGAAUCGACUUUAGUGACAGUACGUGCAGUUUGAGUUGUAAAUCAUUCACAAAAAGGAGGAAAACUAAAGAGAUGAACGAAGCGAAAGUUGUGAAAAUCAAUUUCUCUUGAUGUUUAUUUCGUACAUAUCAUCGAACAGGUUAUCGAUUUAGGAAAAGCGGAACGUAUUGUGGUGGUAAAUUAGUAGGUUUUCCGGGGCAGUAUUUGCUGCAAUAGAAAUAUUUAAUGCAAGAAAGCAAGGUGUGACCAAA